AUGGACAGAAUCCCUCAGCCUGGAUUGGAAGUCACGUCGCAUGACGGUCCAGAGAUUGUUCUUCAGCCUGACGGGAACAAAUACUACACUGGCUCGAGUGGAUUGAACGAAUUUGCGUUGAGCCAGCCGGAUAAACCAAUCCACCCAGUCUCCAAAACCAGCCGUAACAAAGCUUUCUGGGCGCUUGCUGUGAUCGCUAUUGUAUGUCUGGCUGUAGCACUAGGUGCAGGACUUGGUGCAGGUCUAUCAACCAAACGCAAAUCCAGCACAUCGAGUAGUCCUAUCAUUACAGUCACACAAUCCGGCAACAUUUUCACAGCGACCCAAGCGCCGGCGAUUACAUCCACCGCACCCUCAACCUCAACCACAACGUCACCAGUCUGCCCCGCCGCCAAUGGAUCCAGUUACAUCGCGACCAACAAACCCUCCUCGAGUCUUGGUCCAGAAUACGUGAUAUCCGACACAUCCCUGACGUAUCAGAUCUUGUGCAAUACCAACUUCCGAACAAACAACAUCACCGCGGCCGUAGACAUACAGAUCAUAAACAAUGUAACCUCGCUCAAAGAAUGCUUGGACGCUUGUGCUUUGUAUAGCUUCCAGACUCCGCCCAACAACUUCCCCGCUCUUGGCUGCUCCGGUGCCGUGUGGAACCACAACACUGUUGUGCCUGACUGUUGGCUAAAGAGGAAUCUUAUCCUGUCGGAGAGUGAUGUUGAGCCUGGCAAAGAGGCGGCGGUCUUACUCUCUGGUUGA